AUGGAUCAUUCGCUGCUGAAUCUGAGAAGCCAGCUGAGGUUUUAUAAGUACUACCACUACAACACAACCAACGUGCUUAUCCACUCUGUGUUUGUUCCGACCAUUCUGUUCAGCAGUCUUUCCAUCCUGCACGGUGUCCCCCUACCCGGUGGCUGGUCACUCUCACAUCUGGUGAGUCUGUUGUUCUCAGCUUUCUAUAUACUCUUGUACUUGCCCUCCGGGUUGGUAGCGGCUGCCAUUUUGGCGCUAUUCAACGCAUCAAUCGACAACCGGUGGGUGGACCUAUCUGGUGGGCGGGAUUGGGUCCUGUUCUCCCUCGGGUGGAUCAUGCAAUUUAUUGGACACGGUGCAUUUGAGAAGAAAAGACCGGCGGUGCUGGACAACCUCGUUCAAAGUUUGGUGACGGCACCGUACUUUAUUCUGUUCGAGUUGUUUUUCCUAUUGGGGUUCAUGCCCACUUUGAAAAGACAACUGGAUGCUGACGUUAAGGAAAUGAGAACCGCUAGGGGAGAAUCGCGGUAA